AUGUCAAUAAAUUUUGCUAUUCUUCCUGAUGUUGAACCAGAUGAAAAUGCAAUAAAAAUAAAAGAUGUUCGAUCUUAUGUUAUUAAAUCGAAUGAAAAUGAAAAAUUGCAAGGUGAUAGUGUUUAUUAUCAUAAACAAGUUGAAGGUCAUUGGAUAGAUGGUACUGAUCAAUGGCCAAUAGCUAAUCCAAUGUCAUUAUAUCAAAAAUAUAAAUCUCGUCGUAACAGUUGGGGUAUUGGUGUUCUUGGUUCAGUUAUUGUUGAAAUUGAAUUAACUAAUGGAAUAAAUGGUGUUGGUAUCUCAAUUGGUGGUCAACCAGCUUGUUAUUUAAUUGAAUACCAUUUUCGUCGUUUUCUUAUUGGAGAAGAUCCACUUAAUAUUGAAUAUAUAUGGGAUAUGAUGUGGCGUUCAUCAAUAAAUUAUGGUCGAAAAGGUUUAACUAUUCAAGCCAUAUCAGCUAUUGAUUUAGCACUUUGGGAUUGCGCUGGAAAAUUAAGAAAUGAACCUGUUUAUAAAUUACUUGGUGGAAAAACUAAAAAUAGUUUACCUUGUUAUGCAACAUGUUAUGAUCCAUUAGCAGCAAAAAAUUUAGGUUUUAAAGGUGCAAAAUUUCCUUUACCAUAUGGACCUGCUGAUGGUGAUCAUGGAUUAAUUAAAAAUAUUCAAAGAAUUAAAGAUAUACGUCUUUCUGUUGGAGAUGAUUUUCCUUUAAUGAUUGAUUGUUAUAUGUCAUUAACUGUUCCUUAUACAUUAAAAUUACUUGAACUUAUUCAACCAUAUAAUAUUAAAUG